UGACCCAUGGCAUGGCCUCUAUCGUCCAGUUUCAAUGAACAAUGGUACUGGUGUUUUCACGGACUACACGCGCUGGAGUGCCGUCUGUCAUUUCAGAACCCUCAUCAAGUACGCUCUAGCGACAGAUGUCUGUCGUCGUACCCGGUUGCUUCAUGUUUCGUGUAAAAUAACCCAAACGAUGACCCGUCUCCUAACAGAUUGGCAUUACCGUGGUGAAACGGCGAGGCAACUGUUCUGAAGUGUAAAGAUUCUUCAAAUCGCUGGUAGGGUGAUUUUUGCCUAUCCAUUACGCGUUUCCCAAAUGGAAAGAUUAGCGCAAAUUAGCACCGUCGCGUUUCUUCCUUGUCACUGUUGUUAGCCCUGAGGCUAGGGCAGCGGGGUUAAGCUGGUAACAACAGGCGUCAACAGCAUUUGUUGCAUAGGCUACUCCUGGCUGUCAACACGUCAACCAAGGUAAACUCCCCUUUUUGUCAAAGGGAAUGAAAUCAGAGUAAUGUCUGACUCUGCGUUAAGAAGUUGUGGCGUGAGAGAGGAGGUCGAGAGACCAGAACUUCGGACAGACCCUGAAACUGACAUAAAUGGUGAUGGACAACCCAGUGGGAAUUCUGCCAAGCAAAAGAAGCUCAUCCUUCACAUCGACCUGAAUAAUACGAUAUUGGUGUCUGAUGCCGUGACAAGGCAGGGUACAGUCACCGCUCUGGAAUACUUUCUUUCCACGGUGACUUGGGGACACAUGUCAAAAGCAGGUAAGUGGGAGUGGCUGUCAGACGGCCCCUCCCUCUCUCCGCCCAGCCAAGACGCCGUGACCUACUACUCCAAGUUCGGCCGCGUGCCGGGCUUCACCACCUCCGGACCGGGCCGCAAGUUCCGCGGCGUCCUGGAGGAGCACCUGGCGCUGCUGCGCUGGCCCGCGGACCUGCCCGAGGACAAAGAGUUCACUGUGAGGGGCGAGGACGGCCAGCUGUACCACUGGAUCCUGCCCUCCUUCUUCCAGCUGCUGCAGGACCUGGCGUCGCAGGGCAGGGACUUUGCCGUCCUGUUCCGCACCUUUGGCACGGACCUGCCCCGGGUGCUGACCGCGGUCCACAAGGCCCUGGUCGAGGGCGGCCACCCACUCUUCCCAGACCUGCCUGCACUGAAGCUGUCUGUCAGCCAGACUCCCGGCCGUAUCCGCUGCACUGGCAAGAAGACUGAUUUGAGCCGAGGCGAGGAGAAGUGUACGUCUCGAGACGGAGAACGGGGCGUCUACGAGUACCUCAGCGCUGUGGAGGGCCUGGGAGGUUUCCAGGACCACUUUGACUGGUGGGUUCGUAACACCUACUCCAUCUUGGGCGGGAAGCCAUUCUGGGUUGACCCUUUUGAUCUUCAUGUUCAGCACAUCUUCAUUGAUGACAACAUUCGACAGACGGAUGAAGACACUAUUGUCCACCCCAAGGUGUUUCUGGAUGCUGAGAGCUCGGAGACCCGCACGGCCUCCACCUCGGAGCUGUACGACCUCUGCCUGGUGCAGAACGACCUUCUGCAGGCCAUCUCGGACGCCAGCUACUUCACCAAGCGCAUCCAGAUCUGCCAGGAGAACUAUGACAGGAACAUGCAGCAAGCCACCAGCUAGACUGAGGCAUUGCAUUACAUUAUAUCACACUUAGCUGACCCUUUUAUCACAAGACGACCUACAGAUAUUACAGGGUAUUGGUUACGGUCCCUGGAGCAAUGUGGGGGUCAGGUGCCGGCUAGACUGCCUUGGUCACCGCCUGUCUGAAGCAUUACAUUACAUCCAGGGCUCUAAAUUAACUUUUUUAAAUCACCAGCCAACAUGUAGAUGUUGAUCUUACUAUCCAAACAUACUCACUAAUGGGUCAAAGUGGCUUGUAAGUUGGUCUUCUCCAUCAGCCAAACUGAAAUUUCACCAACAUUUGGCCAGUUGGCUAGUGUUAAUUUAGAGCCCUGAUUACAUCAAACUUAGCUGACACUUCUAUCCCAAAGCUACUUUACACCAAUACUGGGUAUUGUUAGGGCUUCCGCACACCGGCUCCGACAAAGUGCUGAGCACUGCUGGGCAAAAGUUUGAUUUCAUUGUUUUCAAUAGAACACACACACGCACACUGGCGCCGAUGUCCGGGGACAUUCGCCGAUGUCGGAUAGCAAUUAGAGACAAGUUCUAUUUUGUCGGCGCCGCCCAUUGACUAUCAAUGCAAUGUUCGUGUGAAAUUGGGUUUGGGGAUCCGAAUUUUGACGGAAGUGAAAGUGCGCCGCAGUGCUGUCGGAGCCGGCGUGCGGCCGGCCUUACAGUCCCUGGAGCAAUGUGGGGGUUAGGAGCCUUGCUCAAGAUACUUCAGCCAAGGAGAGGGAGGAAGGGAUUGGUAAGGGUGGGGAUCGAACCUGCAAUCCUGUGAUUUCCAGCCCAACUCCCUAAACCAGCGGUUCCCAAACUUUUUUCCUUGCGCACCCCCUUGUACAUUUCAAUGUGGUUCGCGCACCCCCUAAGUGAAUGUCACAUGCAUACAUUAUGCGGUUAUUUUGGGGAAUCCUCGUUUCCAAUAGACCUGGUGCUUUUUCUACCUUCAUUGCAAUGGAACUUAUUGCAUGACAGGUCAAGGAGUUAUAAAUUUCACUGCAGAUGGACCAUUCCAGCAUACAAUUCACCAAACAAUUAAAACCUACUUAAUGUUCAUUAAUGCUGUGUAAAAACACACAUCCCAGCCAUUGCUCUAUUCAGCUCGUGCACCCCCUUGGGUCAGCUCGCGCACCCCCAGGGGUGCACGCACCCCAGUUUGGGAAGCUCUGCCCUAACCGUUUCACCAUGGCUAGCCCCAUGACAACAUACACAUGCAGGCAGCCACGGCAAGGAGGGAGAGGGGGUAGGAACGGAAGAACUGCAAACACUAUUGACCCGUUUAGAAGUCCCGUCAUCACCAACUGCGCGCGCAUUGUCGACUCGAACUCAAACACACACACACCACACACAAACGGACAGUACAGACCCUAAAGACCCUAAAGAGAGAAGACCUGCCGUCCUGAAGCAUGUAUGUUUCCUGAAAAGUACAUUUGUUAGGCUAUUCCCAGAGGGAAGAGGCUGUUCCAGAAACAUAGGAGAUGUUUUUGGUUACAAGACAUUAAAUGUACUGACUGGACUGAGGACACCAUCAGGAAUGCCCGUGUCUGUGGCGCCCACUUCAUAUCUGAAGUUAUAGUGACCAUCCAUUUUCUUAUUUCGGAAAAAAAACACCUAGUUUCUUUACAAAUGUGCGGUUCAUUGCCGAUUUCGCUCCAACAAUGCGUGCGCAGCGCGAUUACGUCACAUCUGUGUACAAACAGCAAAGGGGUCCAUAUAUCAUAUGGAAGGCCAAGGCCUGCAUUUAAGAAGUGGAAGGAAGGUUAAAAUGUGCAUCUUAUAUGGAAGCCAUUUGAGAGUGACAUUGGUAGUUUUAGAGUAACUGUUCAAAAGUCUUAGUGGAAAGGUCAGACCUGUUUCCGGUUCCUUUCCCCUCCAUUCACCUUCCAGAACAGAUGUUGAUUCAUCUUACGCUUCGUUCUGGGUAUAAUCUUUUUUUCUCCUGCCAUUUCUCAAGGUGCAAUAUGCAAGACAUUUAUGGGAUGUCAUCAUUCAGUGAUGCAUCACUAGGGCAUCUCGUACAACCAGAAUAUUUCCAUCAUAAAACUUAUUUUACAGCCCACAAAUUCUCUUUAUGCAUUCUGCCUCUGUGGAUGGAGUAGUGUGGUUAUUCUAGCAGUCCCUUAUUCUCCACUGUGGUUCGCACACAGGGUGUGGCUGUCCUGUAUUGAGAAAUGUUUGCUUCUUGGAGGUAUACUGUAGAUGGUAAUAGUUGUUAGUUGGCAUGUUCAAAACAAAUGCAAUUCUCAAUUUAUCUUAGUUUUAUUUUUAUAACAAUUAAAAAAUGUUCAAAACAUUCCCACAACAGCACUGAAUGACAUAGACAUUCUCCACUGACCUUUUUCUGUUUCUGUCUGAAUGGAAGCUUUAAAGCUGCCACAAGAGACUCAUCACAACUGGAGUAAACCAUGCUGCAGGUUUUUACAGUGAUUUGAAUCUGAUUGCAGGAGCCGUUUUAGCAACAGGCUUGCAUAUAGCACCUUUAAGGAGGCUGAUUUUAUUUUCAAGUUUGUACUCAACAACAGAUAUGUUUUCCCAUUAACAGUAGAACCUGCUACAGUUCGUUGUUACCAGAAGGUCCUGUGUGUUUUAGAGUUGGACAGAAGCUUUUCUCUCAUGAAUGUUUCCCUAAACCUUUUGUCUCAGGUGGUAUAAUGCCUUGUUUACGGAAUGCAAAAUAUGUUAUAGUUUUUUUGUUUGCUGCUGUAUUUGGCCUAUCAAAGUAGCUCUAUGCAUAGUUAUAUUUGCUGUGGGUAGGUCGUUAAACUAGAAAUGUACUGAAACUUGAAACAUAGAGCCUUUUUAUGGUUUCAGGCUGUCAUGAGUUGAUAUAUUUUAUUUCCAUCUGAAUUUUGUUCAUACUUGAAUUUUAUUCUGAAGUUGGCCAGACAACCUCAUAGUAAGUCACCAAUAGCAUUUAUGAGAGGAUCACAACCUUAGUCUCAACUCUCAGUUUAGAUCAGAGAUAAGGGUUGUACUCUAUUUAACGGGUUCCCUUGCAGUGUGUCUGAACUAGGGUGACCAGACGUCCCGGUUUGACCGGGACAGUCCCGGUUUGGAGUUGUGUGUCCCAGGUCCCGAGCAAACCCUCUCGGGACACAAAAUGUCCCGGUUUUGGCCACCCACUACAUUGUGCCAUGUCUAUCAGGGUAAAUACAUGGAAAAGAUUAGGACAUGUUUACCUGCCACAGUUAAAGGCAGCCAGCGCUUGCAUAGAAAGUCUGAAGGAGUCAGUUGCGAUUUGUCAUUCCUCCCUCUAAAAUUGAUCAGAAUGCAGGAAAUUGCAUUAAAAAAAAUAACAAUUUUCCUGGGGGAGGACCCCCACAUCCGCCCGCCAAAUAUUGUCCUUCAGUCACGCACAAAGUGUCCCGGUUUCAGACUACAAAAAUCUGGUCACCCUAGUCUGAACGUAAUAUGCAAUAUUAUUAUGUGCUCCCAUAGUACAUACUAUGGUUCAUGGUACAAACUCAAGACCUUUCCCCUAGUCUUAACUUUGUGGAACAGAGUUGAAUACAAAAUGUUGCAGAUUGUUAUGAUCUGAACAAUUGUACUCUGUUAUGUACUAGAUGCACCGCAAUGGGCACGGUAAAAUAAAAUCUAACCCAGGUCAGUUGUGUCAAAUAUUGGAGAGGAAAGCCGUUGCUGAAAUCUGUUGAAAAGGGUCUUUUCUACACCUAGAAACCAGUCAGAAAGUAAUGCCUUUUUAAAAGUAUCAAAACAACUUUUUUUUUACAGAAUGGGUUGACAUUUCACAGAACUACGAGGGCACAUGUCUUUUUAAAGAUUGAAUUAUAACUUAAAAUUUUGUUUUCUCAGCUCUUGUUUUGUGCUUGCAUUUUGGCAAUAAAGCAAGAGGCAUUACUUUUUGACUUACUUUCUCAGAUACAGUACCUACCACUAAUACAUGUUGUGCUGUUGCACAAGGAGUUUUUCAUUACAGAUUGUUCAUAUGCACUGAAAAUUAAUCACCUGCGGCAGAUUUAGCAUUUUAUUAAGUUAUUUACCGGUGGUUACUUAUUUAUUUGGGUUUUUAUCUGCAUAUCUUUUUGGGAUUUUUUUUCAGUUUCUCAGUAACUUUGAUUGCACUUGAAAUGAGAAUUUUGAUGUAUUCAGAGACGGCGAGUAUAUCUUAAAAAUGGCUUUGCCUUGGGCAAAAUUAUGUCGCGAACUAGACAUACAGGAUUCCAAACACAUUACUUGGAAAAAGUGUUCUCUCAUUGCACAUUGUAGCAGACAAUUCUAUUUUUCAUUGAGUUAUAGUUUUAUAAAAAGACCCUUCAAAUUUCUUGACUAAGGAGUCAAGCCACCAAAAGUAGUCUACUGCAAACCCAGUCUCUCGUGUGUAGUGUACAAAGAAAGUCGUAGAGUGCAUUCCAAUAUGCAGACUUCUGUCCUCCCUUGCUCACUUGCCGGCUUGUGACCUCAUGAUGACAUCACUGACAACAGACAAUUCAAUAUCUUGCAAAAGAACAAUUAUAAUGUCAUUUCCUCAUUUGCAAUUGGGAUGAUGAAUGAAGAACAGUCCCCCAAAAAUUGUUGUAGCUAGGCGGACAGUGGGGAAACUUAAAUUGUUUUCUCCACAGAGGCAGGGCGUCUGCAAAAAAGCAAGGCCACAAGCACAAGUGGAGGACGGGAGAGUGUACAUUGGAAUGCACCCAUGAUGAUGUACCCACUGUGCCUUUGUGCACCAACAGGACUUGUCAAUCAUCACCCAAUAAAAAGCCAUGAAUGGA